CGUCUUUCGAGCUCCGAAUUCGGUGCUACUUGGUAUGAAGAUGACACUCACUACAGACUUCCCCACGGACAUGCUUCUCUCCGCGGAUUGGCUAGCAGUGGUGUCAUUGCGCGUGAAUGAACAUUGUUGUUCUCAUGGGAGGUUGAAAUUGUGUUGUUUGAGGGAAUAAAUCGAGGGAAGGUUUCCCGAGCUCAAAUGACAGUUAAAUGACAUGUCAAAUGACGCCAAGCACGAAGACGCGUCCAGAACUCGAACUUCAGCUCGAGAACUCACAACCAUCAAUUGAAGUCUCAGUUCAAGUUGUUCAGGCCUCCUUAACUCGCGGAAAUGGCGUGACUGUCUGCUCACUUGCCUUGUGACGCUCCAUAAGACUCAUUCAGGCCAACUUGACGCCGUAUCUGAGGCACUCGCCUCUCGUUGAGCGAACGGGCGAGAUUCUUUAAGGCAACAUGUCAACGGCCAUGGUUCGCCAGGAGAACAAAAGCAUCAAGGGCCCCGGGCCUGAGAACAUCAAACCAGCUCUCUUUCCGGCGGCCACUCAAGCCAAGGCAGGCAGCGAUCCGUUGAAAGGGAAGCCAACCCAUGCCCUCAAUCAUGCAGUAAGUCCAUAUAUGGUGGGAGCCUAAAAGGCCCACCGACCGCUAUCAUUGUGAACCACUCUCGUUGGCAUUGUCUGUGAUCGUGUCGGCCGCCCUUGGGCGAUCCUAAACCAGGCAUGCAUGUUUAACACUCAUUAAGGCAAGUUCUGAUACGGCUCCGUUUUCCUCAACAAACUACCUCGGUCAUCAAAUCCUCAGGCCAUCGUGGCGCGUCUUUCCCAUUCCCUCUCGUCCCUACAUGGUACCCAAGCUCGACCUGGUCACGCUCGAACUUGAUGACCGGCUUGAUCGUCCUGACCGUCACACCUAGGGCUUUGCUCUCUCUAUCCUCAAAGAAUGAGGGAUGAAACAGACUCGGAUUCUUCUGGAUCAUCUCGACAUAUUUGGGGAUGGUAUAAACCAUAUUAUGGUAAGACCUAAUAGCCGUCAGCAACGAUGAUCCUUGCCGAGAGCACUGCACCACGAUCGUAUAGAGGCAGUCAACUUACCUGAAGACUUGCUUUCCAUUUCUGCUCCACACAUCCUGCCAUACUUCUUCCGGGUACUCGCCAACCGAGUCCGCGAGCCACUGAUUGUAGUAGUUCAAAGCCAGGUCGACUUUAUAACUACCGCCUUGCUCUGCUCGGCGCAUGAGCGCGCAGAGGAUGCCAGUGACGCCGGCCACCCCCGUCAUAUAAUCACUGUUGGGAAAUACUGGCGUCACGGCUUCGUCGUCCUUGAGGCCCAUGGCUUUGCCAAAGCCGGCGGAAAUUCCAAUGCAGGCGUCACUGAUCUGCUGCCAUCCUGAGCGAUAAGACCACGGUCCGUUCCAGCCGUAGCAGUUUUCUCGCACGCUGAUGAUGCCACGCUCUCGGUCCUUGACCAGGUCGAUGAUCCCUUGCUGGCCAAAUCCAUAUUUAUCCAGAACACCCGGUCGAUAACCUUGCACCACGACGUCGGCUUCACGAAUCAGUGAGCUCAGCUUCCCACGGCCGUCCUCCGACUUGAGGUCGAUACUGCAAUUCCACUUGCCCCAGUUUAGAUCGACAUGGAGAGCGCUAAAAUCACAGAUAUUUGGGGAAGUUGCACGCAUAACACUGGCGCCGAGCUCGGCAAGACCUCUUGUCACUGCAGGCGCGGCAAUGACACGGGUUAGGUCGACCACCUUCAGGCCCGCCAAGGGCCGCUUGGCUGAUGUCUGUGGAAUGGAAGGCCACCAAGACGCCUUCUGCACCGAAUUAGGCACAUCAUGAAUUUCGAACAGCCCGACGUGAGCGUUGGCCUUGCCGUGCUCUGUGGCGCGGAAUGAAUCCACGGUAUUCGCGAUUACGCCUGCUUGUUUGUACACAUCGGAAGCGCGAUGUUGCAUCUCAGCCGAGUCGAUAGUGGCCAGUUUCGCAAUGAACGGCUGCAACGCGUCCUCCCAAGUGGUCAGCUCAGGUCGGUCUUUUGGCAGACCAAUGCUCUCCAAAGUCGGGUCUGGAUUCAUGCUGCCGUGCAAAUGGAAAAAGCGGCCGUCCUUCGUGCGGUAAAUGUUGGUCGCACACAAUCGAUAGAGGCUUGAGCUCGCCUGAUGAAAGUCAUAAUUUGGGAUCAAAGCGUCCAGCUUGUCCAUGCCUUUGACCCCGUACACAAUGGCGUUUUCGGUGUUCGGGUUGAUUUGCCAGAGCAGCGUCGACAUGAAGAACAGCUGUGCGUGGUCUGUGUUGAUCUCUGCCCCCGAAAGCUCUACAUUGUACUUGCGCUUGAGCAGGGCGUAAAUGGUGCAUGCUUCCAAGGCCUUCAGACUCGCCGCAGACUCGGCAAAACGCCAGUUGAUCGGAAUUUGAGGCAGAUCAGAUCCUUCGAAUGUGAUGCCAGAUGCGAACUCCUGUGCUUCCCGGGGAAGGUAUUUGGAAAUCUUCGGGUUCUCAAGUAGCCCUUCAAUCAGGAGCGUCUUGGACUCUGCUGGAACCGAGUAGCUCUGGGCUGAAGACUUGUCAAUACUGCCCAUUCUGACAAGACACAGGCCCGUCGUCAGCCUCAAAGAUCCGGCGACCCUAGAGAUUUUUGUAUGAUAAUUAUGCAGCGCUUUCAGGCUGGUGCUGUCUUCGGUCCAGACGUCUGGCCGUUCUCACGAAAUGCCGAAGAAUGUGCAGCAGAGAGGGAGCCCCAGGUUAAAAUGCGGUACGAACGAAGCGCCCGUGAUGACAGCUCUUUCACUUUGCGAGACAGUGAAUCAUAACCAUGUAAUAUGCCCAGGCAGAUUGAAUUUCGCCGUCAUCAUUACCCUGACUCCAGCGUCAGGCUGUCGACACCUCAUCGACCUCGGUCAUGCCUGAAAUCCCCUUUGACUCCUCCGGCAGCCCCGGGUCCGACAGAAGCGGAGACACCAUGGCACUGUCCUGAUGACUAGAGGGACCGGAGAUUCUACUGAUGUGUGGCAUCGUUGGAUUGCAAGCCAUCCACCACUACCGUACUGUGGGCCUUAAGCGACCCCGGUUAUACCAGAUAUGCGGGGUUUCCAAACCGCUGGGGGAGAGUCAGCAGCCGGGGACCGAGAUGGGCUAUACUUGUUCAUCGCACGAAUCAGCGAGAUCCCCCGAGUCAGAAGUCCUUGAAUCGCCUAUAGAAAGUAAACAUGCCUCGGAAGUUGGCCAUGAAAAUCCAUCGACCCCUCGGCCCCAGAUGGUUCCUACUCACGGACAUCUCCAGCAGAUAUCUGGUCUCCUGCCUGACCUGGAUCUAAACAGGUCGUUAUAUCAGCCUUCUGGUAGACUAUCCCGAACCCGCUCACUGAAGGGUGGUGCAUCUCGAGUCGUGUAAAGGAUAGGGCUGAGCUCGUGACCGUAAACAACAACCAAGGCAUCGAGCGGAGACGGGCCCAACCAGAAGCGAAACCAUCAAGCAAGAACUAGCAAGAACGGUUGACGCUCACUAUCGUCGCAAUGGGAGACCCUGGACAAGUUCCUACACCGGCAACGCGGCCAUGCCGCAUUGCCAACUGCUCAGGCGCGCGUGGUGACCCCGGAUACCAGAUGCGGCGACAAGCGACCCUGGGUCCCGUCGACUUCAUCACCGGCGACUAUCUGGCGGAGAUGAAUUUAGCCGAGAAUGCAGAGAAGAUGGCGGCCGGGCAGCACGACGGAUGGGAACCCUGUGCAUGGGACGGUCUAGAGCAGACGCUCGACGUGAUCAAGGACAAGGGCAUCCGCAUCAUCAUUAACGGUGGGGCCUUAAAUCCGAAAGGGUUGGCGCAAAAGGCUCAAGAAUUCGUCAACGACAAAGGACUGGGGCUCAAAAUUGCCUAUGUCUAUGGCGACGACUUGAUCCAUGAAGUCAAGACUGAGUUGGAGAAGACCGGCAAACUGCCGCCCCAUCUGGACAGCGAGAACGACAAGGUCACCUUGGCCGAACACGCGACUGACCUGUUGGACACCAAGGGAAAGCCCGUGGUAAGUGCUAACGCCUACCUUGGGGCCAGGGCCAUUGUCAAAGGCCUGGAACUGGGCGCCGACGUGAUCAUCUGUGGACGCGUUGCCGACGCCAGUCCUGUAAUCGGUGCUGCCUGGCACUGGCACCAAUGGUCCGAUGCCGACUUCGACAGGCUAGCUGGGGCGUUGGUGGCCGGCCAUCUGAUCGAGUGUUCGGCAUAUUCAACGGGCUCCAACUUCUCCGGCUUCAGUGAAUAUCCGCUCGAGACGUUUGUGGACUUGCCGUUUGGGAUUGCCGAGAUUGCCGACGACGGAACUUCAGUCAUCACCAAGCAUGAGAACACCAAUGGUCUGGUCAACGAGGACAACAUCAGGUGCCAGUUUCUGUACGAGCUGCAGGGCGGCAUUUACCUCAAUUCGGACGUCACCGCUGAUACGGCCAACAUCAAAAUCGAACAGGUCGGCAAAGACAGGGUCAGGCUGUCCAACAUCAAAGGGUUACCGCCGCCGCCAACCACGAAGCUCGCCAUCUUCUACCACGGAGGCUAUGAGGCCCAACUCCUGACCAAUGCAACCGGAUACGCAACGAAUGAGAAAUGGCAAUUAUUCGAAAUGCAAAUGCGAUACGCUCUGAAACAAAAGCGCUUGGAGGACAAGUACCAACUUCUCGACUUCCAGGUUCUCGGCGUGCCUGAAGCCAAUCCAAAGUCCCAAUUCCGAAGCACGACUUACUGUCGAGUGUUUGUGCAAGCCGACACAGAGGCCCUGAUCUAUGGCUUGCUGAAGACGUUCAGUGAAAUCGCCAUGCAACAUUUCUCCGGCUUUCAUCUGUCACUGGAUAUGCGGACCGCGCUGCCAAGGUCUUACCUUGCCUUCUACCCGGCGCUGUACUCUCAGGAUAGACUUAAAGAAGGCGUGGCGGUGUUGUCGCCCGAUGGCCAGGACGCUCAAACUGCCGACGCAGACCAUCCACCUCGCUAUCAAAAGCUGGCGCCACGGGAAAACUAUGAAACUGCUCAUCCAGUCGACAUCGCCUCGUUUGGACCGACACGAAAAGCCCGCUUGGGAGACGUAUGUCUUGCGAGGUCGGGCGACAAGGGCGCCAACAUCAAUUUUGGUGUCUUCGUCCGCCGUCAGGAGCAUUAUCCUUGGCUGCAGACGGUCAUGACCCGGGCAAAGCUCCAGGAACUCAUGGGCGAGGAUUGGAAAGACGACUUCUUUAUCGAGAGGAUGGAGUUCCCCAACAUCUGGGCAGUGCACUUUGUUGUCUAUGGUCCGCUGGGCAGAGGCGUCAGCAGUUGCCGCUUGCUCGACGCCCUAGGCAAGGGUUUUGCAGAUUAUAUCCGGGACAAGGUGAUUGAUGUGCCUGAGAAGUUCUUGGAGGAUGUCGAGGCGGUAAAGCAGCAACGACGAGCCAUGCUGUGAAUGCAGUGCACUACAAUGUGGUAUGCAGUGCAUAAAUGGGGUUAUCAUGGAAUAUUUCGAACGUUUACUAGCGCAUCGAUCCGAAGCACUAGUGUUGGUAGGUGUACUUACAAUAGUGUGGUUAUCCGGAUAUCACGGAUGUAAAGGGGUACGCACGCUGUAUCAUUCCUGAUCUUUUGCGCGAACUGCCGAGCUGGUAACAUAUUUUCGAUUCCGCCGGACCCCCUGAUAGGUAAGACAGGCCUUGUAUGGAGCGUGGCGGAGCAAAAGGAGAGAGACUCCUGCAGCAUUAAUAUUGCUCUGCACUACUACUGUGCACUGUAUCCUUUGACACCGCUGAAAUAGUAGCAUCGAGUCACACAUCGGCACUUGUUGGUAAAUGCCGCAAACGGUGCAACGCAGAAUGAUUAGGUAAACAUCCCUGGCAUCGUUAUCAGCUGCCAGUGCCUCGGCAUGUUACAUUGUAUAAGUAAUCUUGAUAUGUAUGGAUAUCUUGGACAUGAAAAAAAACAGUCCGCCA